AUGGCCACCAUAACCACCGACGUCGACUUCACCCAGAACCGGCAGGCAGAGGUACACGUCGUCGGAUGGGUCUUUACGGGGAUUGCGAUCGCAACGGUGGGCUUGAAGGUCACGGCGCGGCAUCUGGUGCACCGGCUUGGGUGGGAUGACUUCUUCAUCUUCUUUUCGCUGGCCCUCAGCAUCAUCGCCGCAGCGCUGGUCUCGUACUCGGUAACCCUCGGACUCGGCCGCCAUACCGCCGCGGUGAUCGCGGAGCACGGGAUCGAGAGGGUCAGCUUGACGUCCAGGUGGCAGAUACUAGGGUACCCGUUUAACAUCGGCUCCUUCUCCUUCCCCAACAUCUCCAUCGCAAUCCUGAUAAACAACCUGCUGGACCCAAACCCCCUGCGCUCGCGCCUCCUCCUCGGCAUGUCCAUCAUGCAAGUCGUCUUCGCCAUGGUCUCCAUCUUCCUCAUCUUCCUGCAAUGCAGACCCACAUCCGCACUAUGGGACCACACGAUCGACGCAACCUGCUGGGACGAGCGCAUCUUCUACGACUUCAGCUACUGGGUCAGCGCGUACACGACCAUGACGGACAUCAUCCUAGCGAUCGUGCCGAUCCGCGUGUUCUGGAAGCUGAAGAUGCGCCGGUCCACCAAGGUCGGCGUGUGCGUUAUGAUGGGGCUCACGCUGCUCAGUGCGAUUGUCACGAUUGUCAAAGCGACGUAUUUGCCGCUGUUUACGGAUCGGCUGGACCCGUUGUACAACGUCACCCCCCUCGUCAUCUGGGGCCUGAUCGAGCAGAACGUCGUGAUCGUGGCCGCGUGCAUCCCGACCCUCCGCCCGUUCUUCAAACGGGCGUUUGAGUCCCGCGCCUCCUCGCAUCGAUCCAGAUCGAAGUCCUCCUCCUUCGGGUCCGGGUUCAAGCUGUCCUCGACGCCGCGGGCGAAGCGGUAUCUCACGGACACGGAACUGCUGCAGGAGACGCAGGUCGAGACGGUUACGCAUCGCGAUGCCGGAUUGGUGGUCGGGCUGGGCUUUGAUGUCGAGGCGGGCAGUCAGCGCAGCCAUUCGUCGCAGCUGGGGAUCUGGCAGACGAGGGAGGUGAUUGUGGAGAGUGAUGAGGAGGAGGAGGGCAAGCGGGCCAGGGAGAUGAAGAGCGUUGUGGCGCCGAAUUUGAGAUGA